GAAGUCCCACCUCCGUAACACGUGACAUAAACAUCUCUGCAGUUUUACCGGAAGCAAACCGCUCAGCAACUCGAGGGCUCAAAACAUGACCCCUAAACGGCAAAUUCCACGCGUUUCGUUGGUUCUUGGCUGUCUAACCUUCCUCCAGACGGUCCCCCCCGCGUCGGCGUACGAUGCCGGGGACGCUGUGGCUCUUCUGCUGGGAACUGUCAUCGCCAUGGUGGGUUUCUGCGCCUGUCUGGGCUUGUACGCGAGGAAGCGGAACAGACUGUUGUGAGGACAGAGACACUUGUUCUGCGCUUGUCUUGCCUCGUUUUCAUAAAACAA